ACAAUGAAGUUAAAAAUAGUUGUUUGUAGUUGAAGUUGUUUAUGUUUGUUUUUAAACAAAAUUUUGUGGAGCCGAAAAAAAUGCCGAGAGUUUCCUACGUUUGCAGCGACGAAUUGAUAGCACAAUGCAACAAAAUACCCGUUUUAAAAAAGCGUGCAUCCAUGGUGCACGAAUUGAUCCGAGGAUAUAAUUUACACAAAUUAAUGGAAUGUGUUAAACCAAAUUUGGCAAGCGAGGAAAAUUUAUCAUUGAUUCAUUCACAAUACUACAUUGACUAUCUCAAAAAUGAAUGCACUGCUGAAACUAGCAUAGAAACGCUUGAUUCAGAUGACGAUAAUGGGGAUUCAGAUACAUCAGAUGUUGACGAUGAUCAAUUAAAUUAUGGUUUAGGAUAUGAUUGUCCAAAAAUUUACAAUUUAUGGAAGUUUGUCAGAGUUAUUGCUGGCGCUUCAGUCACAGCUGCCAAUUUGCUAUUAAGUAAUCGAAAAAUUGUGAUAAAUUGGUGUGGUGGAUGGCAUCAUGCGCAAAGAGAUGAAGCUGAAGGGUUUUGUUACGUAAAUGAUAUUGGCAUAGCUAUUCAACGGUUGCGAACUCGAUUCCAGCGAGUGUUAUAUAUCGAUUUGGAUAUACAUCAUGGCAAUGGUGUUGAGAAUGCUUUUGCCUAUACACGGCGUGUGUUUACUGUUUCUUUUCAUCAAUUUCAACCGGGCUUUUUUCCUGGCAGUGGAAGUGUUAAUGACUGUGGAAAUGGCAAUGGAAAAGGCUAUUGUGUAAAUUUUCCAUAUAAAGCACAUAUUCGCGGUGAAUUGUUUAUUAAAUACUUUAGCAAGACGCUUUCAGAAAUAAUUGUAAGAUAUCAGCCCGAAGCGUGUGUUGUGCAAUGUGGAGCAGAUUCAAUAGUCGGCGAUCCUCUUGGUGGCACUAAUCUGCUACCAGAAGACUUAGCUAUUUGUAUCGAGCGUAUUUUGGCAUGGGGUCUACCAACAAUGUUUUUAGGCGGAGGCGGUUACAAUUUUCAAAAUGCGGCACGAUAUUGGACCUAUUUAACAUCUGUGAUUUGCAAAACGAAAGAACCGCUUGAUAACGAUUUACCUGAUAAUAAAUAUUUUCUACGUUACGGACCGGGCUAUGAGUUAUCGAUUUCGAGAAAGCAAUUUGACGAUUCGAACACAGAAAAUGACAUGGAGACAACUUAUCAAAUAAUUCGAGGUAAUUUGAAAAAUUGA